ACUUUUAAUCACCUGCACGCAACCCUACGUAGGAAUUUUUCGGCAUAAACAAUUGAUUUGCGAAGUUCAUCUGACAAUUUAAAGAAAGUUAAUUGUUGUAUAUAUUUAAACAAUUAUUUAAUAUUUAACAUUAUGUCUUACGGCGGUUAUCCUGGUGGCUACAAUCCUUACUCUGCACCUCCCGGUGCCUUUCCGCCACAAAACGCCCAAGUCUCGCCACAGGCACAGCAAUGGUUCAAUAUGGUCGAUCGCGAUCGUUCCGGAAAAAUAAAUUCCAGUGAACUGAAAGCAGCAUUGGUGAAUGGACGUGGUGAAAACUUUUCAGAUAAUGCUUGCAAGUUAAUGAUUAGCAUGUUCGAUAAGGACGCUAGCGGUACAAUUGACAUUUACGAAUUCGAAAAGCUUUAUGAGUACAUAAACCAGUGGUUAAUGGUAUUUAAAACCUACGAUCGGGAUAGCAGCGGUCACAUAGAUGAAAACGAACUAACUCAAGCAUUCUCGCAAAUGGGCUUUAGAUUCACGCCAGAAUUCAUCAACUUUCUGGUUAAAAAGAGCGAUCCAAGAGAUCAUAAAGAAGUGUCUGUGGAUCAAUUUAUUGUUCUGUGUGUGCAAAUUCAACGCUUUACCGAGUCAUUUAGACAACGAGACACUCAACAAAAUGGCACGAUAACAAUCGGAUUUGAGGAUUUCCUUAGUAUUGCUAUUGGAUGUUCCUAUUGAAAAUAAGUGAAAAGAAACCAGUACAAAUCUCAACAUAGUCCGUUUCGUAUAUUCCGGAAAGUAAAUGUCAUUCCGUAACUAUUUGCGCCUUUCAACAAGCCAAAAUACAUUUUUAUAUUUCACCAUAAAUGCACGUUGUUAAAUCAAUAAUCUCAAAUACAUACAUACUUUAAAUGAAUGUGUUAUCUAUAUGUAUUAUUUUAUGUAUACCUUUGCCUUUAACUUAUAAACAGUGUGUUUGUAAAUACAAUUAAAAAAGCUAGAAGCAAAA